AGAGCAUAGCAGCAAGGGAACUCACCAGAGUGACGUUUAUCUGCUGAAACAAGCCGCUUUCAUUGCCCUCCUAUAUUAGUUGUUUAUUCCUCCUUCCCUUUUUUUUUUAGCGGCACCAGCGUAAAGUGAUCGUCUGAAAGAUCUGCCCUCUCACGUGCAUACAUCAGCAAAUCAAAAACCGAAUUCCAGAUUACCUGAUAUAUAUACAUAUACACCUAUACGUACCGGUCGGUGAGCCUCACAUCGUCCUUUUUUUUCUUUGUACGUUGAUUGUCGCCAGCCAUAUUGACGGGAAAAGAAAGCAACAGCAACUCUGCUAAUCGCGCUGUUCUUCGUCUUCUACCUCUCGUAAUUCACGCAUGUCCUUCGGGCCCACCACGCGUGGUGAGACGGAGUGCACGUCUGCCUCGAAGACUUCCGCGGUCGGGAGCAGCCCCGUCGGUGUCUCAACUGCUGCCGCCACCGCCGCGUCCACGACGGUGGCAUCAGGCAGCGUGACGCGGUCCUGCGGCUCACCCAUCCACCCGUCCCGGGCGAUGGUGCAGCGGGUAAACGGUGGGUCGGGCCCGCCCUCACCAGCACCGCGGGGGUGCAGCGCGCCGUCGUGCAGCGUCGCGACGGUCACCACUAGCACUCCCGCCGAGACCGUCGAGACGGCGCGCUGCACCACCCCGCCGUCUCAGCCGGACAGCUCCUCGCCCUCCACCGCCGCCCCUCCGUCCCCGGCGUCCCUCCCGCAUCGACAGCGCUCCAACACGACCUCUGCUGCCGCUGCUGGUGCUGCUGUUCUAGCUCAUGGAGCACAGCGUAGUCGUACCCGUGACGGCGUAGGCGCACCCGUUCUCGCCGCCGUCGCCGCCUCGCCUUCUGAUACUGUCUUGCCUCCGCUGACGCGUACGAAUCUCUCGCACACCUUCCUUAAUGAUCCCCGCAAUGCUAUUGCUGCUCCUGUUACUGCUGUUGCUACAUCUUCUUCAAGCACUAAACCUUCCUCCGUUGUCUUGCCUGCCAUUAUUUCAUCCCACGCGGCGAGCGAUAGAGAUAGCGGGAAGCCAGCGAAAAGGAAAAGUAGCUCGAUAUCUGCUGCCUCGACGGCGGCAACUCAGCUUUCUCUUACGACGAGCCCAGCGACUCUGCGUCCCACCACUUCGGUAGAUGCUGUGAGAGCGGCAAAUGACUCUCCACCGUCAUCUGUCGAUAAUAGCUGUGCGAAGUCGGGUAGCUCGGGGGCUUCGUCACAGUCUACUGGUGAGCCGUACUUCCGCGACAACAACAUUCCUCGUCUCUUUAAUGAACUGAGCGAGGCAUUGUUAGAGGCACGUCCUGAGAGCCCAGUCGCGUUCAUGACUGACUGGCUGCGUCGGCGACGAGAAGCGCUGGAAUAG